AUGUUGAAAAUCACUUUAUGUUGUACAAUAAUUAGUCUGUCGGUUUGUGUUGCUGUGUAUAUUGCUAAAGGUGAUUGUCCUACAAACGAGGAGUAUCUGCUCUGUGGACCAUCAUGUGCAAAUUGCAGCAAUCCAAAUCCUAUGAACUGCAGUGAUGAUUGCGUUGAAGGUUGCUAUUGUAUGACUGGAUAUUUGAGGAACGACAACGGCACUUGUGUUACUGUAGAUAAAUGUGUUACAACAUUAUCUUGCGGAGUUAACGAAGAGUUCCUGCCUUGUGGCUCCGCGUGUCCCGCCACUUGCUCUAUACCGGAACCGGAAGUUUGCGGCUUGGACUGUAGCAUGGGAUGCUUUUGCAAGGAAGGAUUUUAUAGAGAUGAGAUAAGUCAUAGAUGUGUGACGUUUGAUAAAUGUCCUGUUGAUACAAAUCUAUGUUUUAAUAAGAACGAAGUGUAUGACGUGUGCAAUGGGUCCUGUGAACCGAGCUGUUCAGACCCCGAACCUGUAUGCACGAAGGCCUGCACAUCUGGUUGUAUUUGUACAUCUGGUUUAUUGAGGAACUUAGAAGGAGACUGUGUUAGUGUCGACAAAUGCAGUGUAAAUGGGACCGUUCCUGAUGUACUUACUAAAUAUUUAAAUACUAUUAAUAAUAUAUUACAUUUGAGUAUUAUA